AUGGCUUCCAACGGCGAUUUCUCCGACGAGGGAUCCCAGCCCGGCUCGCCUUUGCUCGAUGCCCACAACGCACGCGGUGAGGUCGACGAUCAGGAGCCUCUUGAGGAGGAGAAGCCUGUCAAGUCCGCCAUGAAGAAGGCCGCUCCUCCCGCUCCUCAACCGCAGCGCCCAUUCCUUCCCGAACAGCCUAACCCGGAAACCCUCGAUCUGUCGAAAUUGACGCCUCUCACGCCCGAGAUUAUCGCCAGACAAGCAACCCAGAACAUUGGCACAAUCGGACAUGUCGCUCACGGCAAAUCCACUGUGGUUAAGGCCAUCUCUGAGGUGCAGACCGUUCGUUUCAAGAACGAACUCGAGCGUAACAUUACCAUCAAGCUUGGUUACGCCAACGCGAAGAUCUACAAGUGUGACAGCCCCGCUUGCCCUCGGCCUACAUGCUACAAGAGUUUCAAGAGUGAGAAGGAGAUUGACCCUCCUUGCGAGCGCGAAGGAUGUGAAGGCCGUUACCGUUUGCUGCGCCACCUCAGUUUCGUCGAUUGCCCCGGUCACGAUAUUCUCAUGAGUACUAUGCUUUCAGGAGCCGCGGUCAUGGAUGCCGCUCUUCUUCUGAUUGCCGGAAACGAAACUUGCCCUCAACCCCAGACUUCUGAGCAUUUGGCCGCUAUUGAGAUCAUGAAGCUCAGCCAUAUCGUUAUUCUCCAAAACAAGGUCGAUCUUAUGCGUGAAGAUAACGCCCUCGAGCACUACCAGUCUAUUCUCAAGUUCAUCCGUGGUACCGUCGCCGAUGGAUCGCCCGUCAUCCCCAUCUCCGCCCAGUUGAAGUACAACAUCGACGCUGUCAAUGAGGCUCUCGUCCACACCAUCCCCAUUCCUCCCCGCAACUUCGAGGCCACUCCUCACAUGAUGAUCAUUCGUUCAUUCGAUGUGAACAAGCCCGGUGCCGAAAUUGAUGAGCUCAAGGGUGGUGUUGCUGGUGGAUCUAUCCUGACUGGUGUCGUGAAGCUGAACGAUGAGAUUGAGAUCCGUCCCGGUCUUGUCACCAAGGACGAGCAGGGCAAGAUCCAGUGCCGUCCCAUUUUCUCCCGUAUCGUUUCACUGUUUGCUGAGCACAAUGACCUCAAGUUCGCCGUUCCCGGUGGUCUCAUUGGUGUUGGUACCCGUGUCGACCCUACCCUUUGCCGUGCCGAUCGUCUCGUCGGUUUCGUCCUCGGUCACCGUGGCCGCCUCCCUGCCAUCUACACUGAGAUCGAGGUCAACUACUUCCUUCUCCGUCGUCUGCUCGGUGUCAAGACCGCCGAUGGCAAGCAGGCCAAGGUUGCCAAGCUUGCUAAGAACGAAGUUCUUAUGGUUAACAUCGGUUCCACUGCUACUGGUGCCAAGGUUCUCGGUGUCAAGGCUGAUGCCGCUAAGCUCAGUCUGACCAGCCCGGCUUGUACGGAGGUCGGCGAGAAGAUUGCCAUCUCUCGCAGAAUUGAGAAGCACUGGCGUCUCAUUGGAUGGGCCAACAUUGUCGCUGGUAACACCCUCGAGCCCGUGCAGCAGUAA